AUGAACUACGAUUGGAACAUCACUGCAGACGACACAUUCAACCUUGGCAUAUACGCAUCCAAAAGUUGUGAUUGGAAAAAUGGACUCAAUAUGCGAGUUCCGCCAGGCCAAAAACUUCAAAGCGGAAGCCCUGGAAUGUGUUCUGCAAACGGUAAAAGACGAGCUCCGUCUUUAAUUGAUCCACCAGAGCCACUCGUUCGUAUGUUGCUGGCAUGA